UAAACAUGGAUUGUUGAGCAGUAAAACGUCACUUUAUCACGCUUUGCACAGAAACAUAGUUCCACAUGGUGUUUGUAUCCAGAGAGCGGCGAGCAGCACCGACUUCCGGGUCAACGAGAAGUUCUGUUUGGACCUGGUCAGAAAGAGGCGUUUUUCUUCUCAUCUCAGUGAUGACGUGGACAAAUAGCCCCCCAGUGGUGGUCUUGACCGGCCUUGAUUUAAAAUUCGUAGUCCGCCCAGUCCGAGACCGAGGCAAGGUCCAGAGACUAUGACGGCUUUAUGUCCUCCCUCCUCCUCCCUGAGGAGGCGCGGCGCUCCUCUUUGGCUCUGAGAGCGUUUAAUGUGGAGCUGGCACAGGCAGGUAAAGGACUCAGUUUCCCAGAAGACCAUUGGUUUGAUGCGUAUGCAGUUCUGGAAGACGGCCAUAGAGGAAAUCUACAGAGACGAUCCUCCGAAUCAGCCGGUCAGCGCCGAGCUGUGGAGGGCGGUGAGGAAACAUUACUUGACAAAGAGAUGGCUGCUGAGGAUCAUAACAGAGAGAGAGAAAGAUCUGGAAGACCGAGCGUACAGAAACCUGCAGGAGCUGGAGAAGUACUCAGAGAACACACAGUCGUCCCUGAUAUACCUGCUGCUGGAGUGUUUAGGGGUGAAAGACGUCCACGCCGACCACGCGGCGAGUCACAUCGGUAAAGCUCAUGGAAUCGUGACGUGUCUGAGAGCGACUCCUCAUCACAGCAGCCGACGGAAAGUCUACCUCCCCAUGGACGUCUGCAUGCUGCACGGAGCUUCUCAGGAGGACUUCAUCCGAGGCAGCCGGGAGCAGAACGUCCGAGACGUGGUGUACGACAUCGCCAGUCAGGCUCACGUCCAUCUACAACACGCGCGAUCAUUUAGCUCCAAGAUCCGAGGAGCUGCGACUCCGGCCUUCCUUCAAACGGUGGUGUUGGAGGACUACCUGCAGAGAGUGAGGAGAGCGGAUUUUGAUGUUUUCAACCCCAGUCUGCAGAAGAGAAACCCCCUGCUCCCCCUCCAGCUUUACUUCCGGUCUUGGAAGAACACCUACUGACAUCAGACCUCCUCCUCCAUCUCGCUCUUUCUGCAGCGAGUCCAGUUCGUCUCCUUCCCUCUGGAGGCCGCACCGCUCACCAGAGACUGAACCUCUCUGAAGACCACUUUGUAACAGGUCGAUAACGAAAACCCUAAACUGUUCAGAACCACACAGGUCUGCCACUGAAGUCUACCUUCUUUCCUUAAUCAUUUACUAACAUCCACAAAUCACACCAGAGACACCAGCUGUCGUUUCUCAACCUCUGGCUCACACGGCAGCUUUGGUCCUCAGAUAUUCAGCAGAAAGAGAUCACAAUCUUUUAUACUCUACUUCUGGUUAUACAGUAUACUGACCAGAUGUUUGAUGCAAGAUUAAACUGAAAUAUUGGUCCCAUAUUUGUAACAUGAAAACACUGUGGCACGUUUAAGAUGAAGUCUGAAAGGAUUAGAAACGGAAACAUCGGACAGAUUUUAAACCAACAAGUUAACUUUUGACCUAUUCUGCUGAUCCGCCAUCUUAAAACUCAUAGUGUUACAAUGCUGGAUGCCAAAACUAAACGUGGGCAAAGUUUCAGAUCAUGAGGUAAACGUAUGUUGGCGUAAUCCCAGGAUGAGUCUACAGAGGGCGCUAAAUGGCUUGUUCUGCAAAUAACGCAAUAGAUCCCGGAUAUAAAACCAGGAAUUUCUCAAGAGGACUUCAAGCCUCUACGUAAGCCGCUUAAACCUCUUUCUUAGACUCUCUUCUCCGAGCCCUCCCCUGGCAGCCCUGCAGCAUUUAGCCCCCCAGGAAGGUUUCCAGAGAGCUGGCCAAUCAGAAGAAAGUGGGCACAUGGGGAGGGGGGGCCUUAAAGAGACAGCAGCUGAAAUAUUUGUUUCUUUCAGAGGCUGAAAUUAGGGUUUUUAGGGACGCCCGUAUCUGAUGAAUAAGUCCUAAUUGAUCUGGACGAUUUUGUUCACACAUGCGUCCCACAUGGACAAUGUGUGGACACAAUCAGGAGUGCAGUAAAAUGUGUCGCAGGGUCUUUACUGUCCCCUCUGCAAUAACGUGACACAGUAUGGUGGAGAAGUUGCUGCACAGUCACACUGGGUUGCUAUAGUAACAGUCAGAAUUGCCUUAUCCAUCACAUUGGUGCAGCGAACCACAAUUGUAUAAUUUGUAAAACAAUUGCUUCCCAUAUUUCACCAAAAACAAAGAUCCAGAUCUUCUAAAAAAAAAAAAAAUCAAAGUAGUUUCAGGAUGUUUUUUAUGAACAUUUGUUUUUCCUCUUUUCUCUUCUUGGAGCUGAAUAUCUCAGGCUGCAGAGGAAACUCGUACAAAGAGCUCUGACACACAUAAUUUCAGCCACCAAGGAUCCAAUCAAUGGAACAGAAUCAUGAUGAGAGGAAGAUUUUCAUGCAGACUGCAUAGAAACGAGGGUGUUUUUUUUAAAUCUUUGCACUCGAUAGAAGUCUGCAUGUUGAGAGCUGUUAUUGUCAUUUCAAUGAAACUUAAGAAAAACAGUUGAGCAGCUCUUGUCAGUGGCAGCACAGACACACAGGAAUAAUAAUAAUAAUGUAAAUACAAUGUUAAAAACAAUGAAGCUAAUGUCUGCAGUCUUUGGGUUGGGGGCGGUGGGUGAAUUUUACUUCCUGUGGGAAAAAAAACGUUCCUCAGUCUGUUGGUGUUUAGAUUGUCCUGUAUCUCCUUCCAGAGGGGAGCGGGUGAGAAGAGACAGUGUCCAGGGUUGGGUGGGGUCUUUUAUAAUAUAGCGAGUGUUUACGUCACUCAGGGCUCGCUUUAGGACCCUCCUGUCCUCUGCUGUGCAGCAGUCGAUCAGGUGGCUUUCACCAGUGGCUCGAUGGUUCGAAGUUUCCUUCUGCAGCCUAUAGUUCGUAAAUCGAUAAAUCUGAUCUACAAAGUCUGAGAACUGGGGCCCGAUGGAGAGGAGAACACUUUGUCUCACACUGAGGCUGGAAAAAAACGCAGGAGGUUGAGAAACGAUCAUGUUGGAUUUUUUAGGACCAAUCACACUGAAGCAGUUUGUUCUGAUUUAAUAUGAAACACAGUCACACAUCAUGUCUGUUUGUUAGCAUCUGAAGGAUCAAAUGAAAGCAGAAUCUUUAAAUAAAGAGAGAAUCAAUGAGACAA